UAGAUACACUAUCUUGAUCUGUAUUGUGUUAGUUGAGACUCUUCUAACUUAUAAAAUAAUCAUACAUCUCGAAAAAUUUAAACUAUUGAGGAUAUAAAUUGAUGGUUCCUUUCCUCCCAAUUUGGUGGCAAGUUAAUUUGAGAGCAAAAAGUGCAGUGGCUGUCCCUUAGAUGAACCAACAAAGAUUGGUGGAGAGCCUCCAACAAUUCCGUCACAUUUUGAGAAUAUGCAUAGCCCAAAGAGACCUUUUAACUGGCAAAUCUCUGCAUACCCUUUACAUCAAAUCACUCAUUCCACCGUCUACUUACUUCUCCAACCAUUUCAUUCUUCUCUACUCCAAGUGUGGCCUUCUUAACACUGCUCGCACGGCUUUUGAAGCCACCUCUGAACCCAAUAUAUUCUCUUUCAAUGCUAUCCUCAAUGCCUAUGCGAAAGAAGCUCAGCCACACCUUGCCCAUCAGCUGUUUGAUAAAAUUCCCCAACCAGAUGUUGUUUCUUACAACACCCUUAUCUCUGCUUAUGCUGAUCUUGGUCACACCCUGCCUGCUAUUCGACUAUUUCUUGACUUGAAGGACACGGGUCUUGCUAUGGAUGGGUUUACUCUUUCCGCUGCUAUCACUGCUGCUAAUGACAAUGUUGAUUUCAUUACUCAGCUUCAUUCUUUGUCUAUAUCUGCUGGGUUUGACUCUUAUGCUUCUGUUAACAAUACUCUCAUCACGUAUUAUAGCAAAAAUGGGCUUCUUGAUCAUGCGCGAGUGGUUUUCGCGUCAAUGGGUGAGAUAAAAAAUGAAGUUUCUUGGAACUCGAUGAUUGUUGCUUAUGGGCAGCAUAGGGAAGGUACAAACGCCUUGGCUUUGUAUAAAGAAAUGGAACUUAGGGACUUAUAUUUAGACAUGUUUACUUUGGCAAGUGUAUUGACAGCUCUUACGUCCAUGGAAGACUUGCGUGGUGGGCUUCAAUUUCACGCUCGGUUAAUCCGAAUGGGUUUUCACGAAAAUCCACAUGUUGGAAGUGGGCUGAUAGAUUUGUACUCAAAAUGUAGUGCUGGUAUAUCAGAUUGCAAAAAAGUGUUUCAGGAAAUACCUUAUCCUGACUUGGUUCUUUGGAACACAAUGAUUUCUGGAUAUUCGCAGUCUGAAUCGUGUGAAGAAGCUGUUGCUUGUUUUAGACAAAUGCAGCUUGCGGGCCAUCAACCUGAUGAUUGCAGCUUUGUUUGUGUGAUUAGUGCAUCUUCUAACUUGUCAUCGCCAUCACAAGGGAAACAGAUUCACUCUUUAGCAAUCAAAUCCAGCAUUCCCUCCAAUCGUAUCUCAGUGAACAAUGCUCUCAUUGCAAUGUAUUCUAAAUGUGGAAAUCUGCAAGAUGCUAGACUACUUUUUGAUAGAAUGUCUGAGCAUAAUGCUGUCACUUUUAAUUCUAUGAUAGCAGGCUAUGCUCAGCAUGGGCAUGGAGCAGAGUCGCUGUUACUAUUUGCCUGGAUGCUUGAAAGAAAUAUUACACCUACAAAUAUAACAUUCAUCUCUAUCCUAUCAUCAUGUGCACACACUGGAAAAGUCGACGAAGGGAGGAAAUAUUUUGGUUUAAUGACUGACGAAUUUGGGAUAAAACCAGAGGCUGAGCACUAUUUAUGCAUGAUUGACCUUUUGGGUCGAGCAGGAAAGCUCGAGGAAGCAGAGACACUAAUCGAAACAAUGCCAUAUAAUCCUGGUACAAUUGGCUGGGGCUCGUUGCUUAGAGCAUGUCGAACACAUGGUAAUAUAGAGCUAGCAACAAAGGCAGCUAACCACUGUGUUCAGCUGGAUCCAUCAAAUGCGGCACCGUAUGUCAUGCUUGUGCACAUGAAUGCUUGUCUUGGCAGAUGGGAAGAGGUAGCAUCGAUUAGAAAAGAAAUGCGAGACAAGGGAGUGAGAAAGCAAGUGGGUUGUAGUUGGAUUGAGGUGGCCAAGAGGGUUCAUGUCUUUGUGGCAGAAGAUAGCUCUCAUCCAAUGAUAAAGUUGGUGUAUAAAUUCUGGGAAGAGAUGUCAAAGAAGAUGAAGCAAGCAGGUUAUUCUCCGGAUUUGAGGUGGGCUCUGAUGAGAGAUGAUGGAACAAGGCAGGAGGAGAAAGAGAGAAGCUUAUGGCAUCACAGCGAAAAGCUGGCUGUUGCUUUUGGGAUUUUAUCGACCAAAGAUGGUGAACCUAUUCUUAUCAUAAAAAAUUUGAGAAUAUGUGGCGACUGCCAUAAUGCAAUUAAGCUUUUAUCUGGUAUGACAGGAAGAGAGAUUACAGUAAGGGAUUGCCACAGGUUUCAUUGCUUCAAGGGUGGGACAUGUUCUUGUGGGGAUUACUGGUGAUAGCAGAUAAGUUUAGCAAUCAGAAUGCUAAUCUGAUUCCAGUCAAUUCAUGUGAUUUCCAUGGGCUAUGGAGAGUGAAGUUGUGAAUGUUAUACAGUGUACUUUGAGUUAGUAAAUGGACAAUUUUGUACUAAGGAGUUCACAGCAUGCAGCUUUCUGGUUUUUGAAUCGGAUUAUUGAGUCUUAAUCCAUUUUAAUCUUAUACGUUUAAUGCUCUACAUGAUCUUAGAUCGGCCAGAAAUGCUAAUCAUUUGCAACAUAUGUGCAUUAUGUGAGUAGGGGUAUGAAGAUGACAACCUCUUGUUCAAUCACUGCAAGGUUAAUUACAAGGAAACUAUGGAAUGUGAUGUUACAUCUUAACGAGGUUAAAUGGUGCAUGUAUGAAACAACAAAAGAACCCUACAAAAGCUGGGGAAACAAACGAAGCAGAAAGAAGUUUUAGUGUGUGCAACACAAUCCCAGCAAGCAUAUGACAGGUCAUAUGAAAAAAAAGAAAUCGUAAAAGAAAUCAUAAAGCUUGAAGGCGGUUGGAUAGCAACAAGGGUAAUAUUCUUGAGCAUGAAUGGUUGAACAACUUGAAGAAAGAUCAUUUUGAUCCAAUUAAAGGGUACUUGGAUCCUGAAUAUUACACGAGCCAACAGUUGACCAAGAAAAGAUGUAUAUAGCUUUGGAGUGGCAUUGCUCGAGCUGAUAACUGCAAGAGCUUCGAUAGAGCGAGGAAAACACAUUGCGAGACUGGUUGCAAAGACUAUAUAUGAUUCAAGAGAUAGCACCAGACUACCAAUUAUAGAUCCAAGUGUUGAUAAACUAUUUACAUUGGCAAUGAGAUGUGUUAAUGAAUCCGGGUCCGAGAGGCCUUCCAUGGGUGAGGCUGUGAAAGAAAUUGAGGGUACCCUUGAACUGGGCAGCAUGAGUAAGUAUACUGAAGAAGAGCUCACUUCAACUAGCUAUGAGGACACAACUCAAGUCAGUCUUGAUGAUUUUUAUAAUGAAAAGGCUUUUGAUUAUAGUGGUAAAUUUCCUUCUGGUGGCAUGAACACCACUAACUGAUGUUACUUAUAAGGAGUAUAACUGUGAUUUAAAUUUGCUUGU